CUUCGACUUGAUGCACAUUACAUUCAUUCUUACAGCGUCAUGUCUAAAUCAAAAACCAAGCAGGCGCGGCGCCAGCUGAAGCGCGACGGUCAGCGCAAGAUCGCAGAGCACCAGAAGAAAGUCGCGAAAGCAAUCACCGCCGCGAAACCCUCGUCCUCGACCGCAAAGCCCGCCGCAAAGCCCGCUGCAAAGAAGCAGAAGACCGAGGUCACAGAAACCACGGCCGCUACCAAACCCCCUGUCCAAGCGUCUCAGCAACAUGCGGUUCCCUUCGGCACAUACGAUCACAUACUGCUCGUCGGCGAAGGCGACUUCAGCUUCACAAGGUCGCUAGUCGAAGACCACGGCUGCGCAAACGUCACAGCAACCUCCUUCGACACCGAGGAAGAAGUGCUCUCGAAAUACCCCACAUUCGCCGCCACCCGCGACGCACUCACGAGCCUCACACCGCCCGUGCCGCUGCACCACGGCAUCGACGCCGCAAAACUCAGCACCCACCGCGCGCUGCGCUGCGAGCGCUCCGACGAUGACGACGACGAGCCCGUCAGCGGCUGGGACGCCAUCGCCUUCAUGUUCCCGCACGUCGGCGGCCUCUCCACAGACGUCACGCGCCAGGUGCGCGCGAACCAGGCGCUGCUCGUGGCCUUCUUCAAGGCGUGCCUCGAGACGUCGACGCCCAAGCAGCGCCUGCGCAUCCUCGAGCAGCAGGCCAACAAGCCCAAUCUCGUGCAGCGCAGACCUAACGAGUUUCUGCGCAUGGGCGGCCGCAUCAUGGUCGCGCUGUUCGAGGGCGAGCCGUAUACCCUGUGGAAUGUCCGGGAUCUCGCGCGACACGCUGGGCUGAAGGUCACAGAGAGCUGGAAGUUAGAUUGGGCGCAGUAUCCUGCGUACAGCCAUGUGCGGACGCUGGGCGCGCUGGAGGGUGGGGGCGGGUGGAAGGGUGAAGACCGCGACGCAAGAAUGUAUGUGUUUGAGAAGGUGGCAUUGGAGGCAGAUAGUGACGAGGAGAAGGAACUCGAGAAGAUUGGGGUUAAGUUGCGGAAAAAGAGGAAGGCGCCGGUGGUGCAGAAGAAGAGAAAGGCUCAGGACGACGAUAGUGAUUGAGCUGUAGCAUGGUCGGCAGAAACACGAGGGAGGAUCUCAAGGUAGAGAGGACUUGCUCUUCAUCGGAAGAGAUGGUAUACACGUAAACCUACUGUGGUAGAGGACCACAUAUGAUACCCAAACGCCACGCUAUGCCGCACAAAUGAUACCCAGAACUUGUUACUUAUAGAACAAACACCCGCCGCACCUCGCUCUCCUUCCACAGCUCGUCCAUCUUCCCCGCGGCAGGAUCCCGAAUCCAGCCCUUCUCUGUGCCCACUUUGUCGUUGAAUAACCUCAGCCGUUCACUCCCAUAAAUGCGUCCGU